CGUUGUGCCGUGACCGCUUUGCGGUCCGCAGGGAAUAACGGUGUGUGGAGGGGCCGGGCCUCCGCGGGGGCUCACCGGGGAGGGUGUAGCCCCUGGGUCGGCUGUACCCCUACAGCUAUACCUCUUUGGGAAAGCACCCGUGCCGGCCGCGGCUCACUUCUGCCUGAACAUUUUGUGCAGGUAAAUUUGAAGCAAGAAAUGAUCUUCUGAUCAGCUUUUUGGAGCUGCUGUGGCUUUUGCAUGUCACUGAGUCCCCUAAAAUAAGGUCUCCUGAGAAAAGGCAAAGUUCUUUAAGUUGGGUUACUUCUGAAUGCAUGUCUGGAAAAUGGGAGGCGCCACCAGGAAACGGUGCUUAGCAGGGUUAAGCACCCAUCUGAGACCUGCCUAUUGCACAUAAGCCUUAUGGUGCCACGUACAGAAGAGUUUAGAGAAAGAGCUUGUUCUGGCUGAGCUAGCCUGGAAGAACAAUGUGAACCACACUUGGCAUUUUGUCAUCCUUUGUCAGCUGAUCACCGGCAUAAAAUUGUCUUCCAGCAUUUUGUGGAAGAGUGACUUUUACCAUCAGUAGAAGAAGAAAUAAAGUGCAGGCUUAUCUUUUUGCUUUCAUUUUUCAAUGUGUGAAGGAAAGCCUAAGAGUGGAGGACCACAGUGGUAUGCAUCAAUCUAAAGACUUGUCAUGCACAGAAAUAUAGGAGACUUGAUUUCAAAGUAGAUCUGACUGGUUUUGCUGGUAACAGAGGAUACACCUACAAGAGCAACUAAGACAAAUCUCAUGUGUGCCAAAAGCGUUAUUGAUCCAUUUCUUUUAGAGAUGAAGAAAGUAAUGGAUUUUGUGCAGAAGAAACCUAGUAACAGCCUGGUGUCACCCUUGGGUCUGCAUUCUGUGUCUUGGCUGGCAACGGUUGCAUGUAGAGUGAACAGUCUGGUGCCUGAAAGUGAUGGAGAAUACUGGUGCUGUCUCUGAUUUGUGAAACUCUCAUAUCCAGCUCUAGAAAACUUACAGCUUAGAAGACAGUAUGGUAGAGCUCUGUCAGCAGCUUAUGUUUGCCUGCAGAAUACCAGAACUCUGGCUGUCUUCAUAAGAAGAUAAUGUCUGUGCUGCAGCAAAGGCUGAUGUGUUGUUGCUGCCCUGAAGUAUUUAUUAAAUGUUAAAGCUACUUCAUGUUGCCACCAUAGUUUCUGUUCUGCAAGUGCUGCCGGUCUACUUCCAGUGUGCUACAUGUCUGCAAUGCAUAACUGCAUCAAAAAUUGUUACAUGGAGCUGAAAGCUGAUGUGUAUGAACAAGCCAAAGCCAGGGAUUUUUGUCCCUCAUGGGCGAAGCGCCUCUUGAGAUUAUGGGGAUCAAUGUAUAAGCCAAGUACUUCCCUAAGAAUGGGAGUGGAAACAGCAGAAGUCAUUUUUAAAAGCAAAGAAAAAGACAAACAAAACACCACAAAUGAACCUACAACAAAUAGACAGCCCCCUGCUCCUACAAGAAAAAAAUGAGCAAAUGUCCCCCUCCCCCCAAAAUUAAAGCAAGAACAACAUAGGGCUUUUGAUAAUGGAGAUUCUUGUCUUUUGGACUGUUCUAUUUUGCUGAGGAAAACCAUACCAUCUCAGAUAAAGUUUAUUUCAGUGCUGAAGAUGUUCUCAUAGUCAUGGAGAUAGAAAUAUUUUUAAAUUGCAGUUAGAAGUCAACCAUCUAGCUGUUGAGGUGCAGAAGGAAGCCAUGACUUUUUUUUUUUCCCUCCUUUUUUAAGGCUUUCUUUAGAAAAAAUUUUAACGUGUUUAAAGCAGAAGCCAGUUUAUCUGGUCCAUGAACUUGAGGACUUGCAGCAGCUGUUUUCAAUAGCUUCUUAAUGCAUCCAUGUCUGAUGGCAAAUUUCACAGCAUGUACCUAAAUCACUUCGGUUGCCAUAUUUUUUUUUUUUUUUAAUAAAAAUAUACUGUGCUUUUCAAAGCACUUUUCUUGAUGAAUAGUUGACUGGGGACAGACUUACUGGUAAGGCCUGUAGUGAUAGGAUGAGGGUGAAGUUUUUAAACUAAAAGAGGGUAGAUUUAGGCUAGAUAUAAGGAAGAAUUUUUUUUUAUGAGAGUGGUGAGACACUGGCCCAAGUUUCCCAAGGAGAUGGUAGUUUCCCAUCCCUGGAAACAUUCCAGGUCAGGUUGGACAGGGCUGUAAGCAGCCUGGCCUAGUUGAAGAUGUCCCUCCUUGUGGCAGGGGGGUUGGAUUGGGUGACCUUUAAAUGUCCCUUCCAACCCAAUGAUUCUAUGAUUUUUAUGUGAAAGUUCUUUUAGAUCCUAGAAUGAAAAUCAGCUUCUUCUUUAAGAUACCUCUGAAGCCAUUCAUUGAGAUGGUUGGGAUCAGGUGUGGUUUCGUAAUCAACUUCUUGGUGCAUAUUUUGAAUAUUUGUAAUGCAAAAUCGAAGGAAUUUGUUGAAAGUUGAACAGUUGAAAUCGUCUUUUAACGGUAGGUAGGAUUUAGCUUGUGAUUGAACGUGAGGUUUUUUUCUGUUACUAGAAAUGUCCUGUUGAAUACAGCUGGAGUGGAAGAAGGUCACCUGAAUAGAAACACGUUGAGAUGACUGGGUGCUGGACUUCAGGAAUACUAGUAAUUACAGACCAACAUCUCCCCAUCCUGCAAGCUCUCCCGUUUCUUCUUGUGCAUGUGUUCUGUUCUUACCUGAAAAGGAGUGCAGUACUGAGAGGAACUCUUGUUUCUGAUGCAGAUGCCGAACUUAAAUGUUUUUGCAGAUGUGGCCUCCUUCAGAACAAAAAUGAAGUCUUAGGUCUUUCAUUAGUAAUUAGGUCCUUGUCUGACUAUGCAGGAUCAGGAGUCCUACUGAGUUCAACCAGGGGUGAUCCUCUAAGAACUGCUCCCAAAAUAAGCUUUUCUUCCCUUGGGUUUUUAUUCCAAAUGGUUGUUUGUAGACAUGUUUGGAAUUCGUCAUGUUCUACAGAGUCAUCUAACUUGACCUUCUGUAACCCAAAUUUCAAUAAAUUGGCAGCAUUGGAUUUCCCUGUUCUGUUCCUUGUCAAGCCUGCAUGGAGCCGUCUCAAAUGAAAGUAGGAAGUUGAAGGAAGGUCUGAGCCAGUCUGCUUCUGCCAGGAUGAGUUGUUGCUAAGACCACAGAUUUUGAUAACACUUCCCCUUCCAUUCUCGUGUCAUUUCAUCAGUUGUAUGACCAUUAGUAGUUGUAUUUCAAGUGUUCUGUCUGAUGGAGGUUACUGUUGCCUCUGAUGAUGCCCAUCCAGCUCACGCUUAAAAGUUUCCAGGUUAUGUGCAAGUUCUGAUAGACUGUUUUGCCAACGGCUUACCUCAUGUUUUCUAAACAUGCAGGUAAAAUAGUCCCAAGGGGUUUUUGUGAGGUGGAGGAAAAUUGUUGCCAGUUGAUAUUGAUGGAGUUCAAGUAUUUCAGGUGCUUUUGACUGUAAGGCGAGAGCAUGGUUUCUGUUAAAACUGGGUUGAUUGAAUCAUGUUAAAGCACUUCAUGUGACUUUAAUUAGAUAUUGACAAGAUUAGUGUAAGUGUUGAGAUUAAUAUACUGAAUAGAAGAUAUUUACAGCAUAUAUAAAUUGUUGUUAGUGAUAAGUAGCUGGAAUGGAUUUUGCUUGCUUGUAGCAAGGUUUCGCUUUGCCUGUGUCAGCACAAGAGGUUCCAGUUUUGGUAGAUGCUCAAGUUGAGUAUGGUGUCAGGCUACGUGGAAAUCGUGUUUUAUCUUGCCUCUAUUCUUAUCAUCUGCAGCUAUGUGUUCAGCUAUCUUGUUCCAAUAUCUUUCUUUGGAAAUGCCUCUUUGUAUCUCUUUUGCAUCUUUUCCUUAGUUUGAAGCAUUCUUUAAAUUGUAGACUAAAAGUUGCUAACGAAGCAUGCUUAGUACUUAAAUAAACUUCUGGGAUGUUGAUCUGUGGAGCUGAAUAGGUGCUCAUAAAUUCGAGGGAGUGCUUGAGAUCUGUGCCCAGGAAGUCCUGCCCAAAAGAAACAAUGCUAGGUUUGAGCGUCUGUGGAAGCUUUCGAUUGGGAAGAUAGUCUUCAAAACACCGUUCCCUUCUGUCUCCUCGAGAAUGGAAAUCUCCAUUCUCAUGGUUCUAGUGAUAACUUUGAAAGCUGAUGUGGUUUCCCUCGGAUUGGAGCUGUGUUGAUGGGUUCGAUGUGAUGUCAUUGAAGAUGGAUAUGAAAGUUCAUUUUGUGAUUAUUAGCGUUAUGGACAGCUAUAUAUUUUCUGUGUGAGAAGUACCUGUGUAUCUGAUCUUUCAAAGCUGAAAAUAUGAUUAAGUAUCACUUUCUCCUUGAUCACUUGUUGGCCUUUUUGUGUAGUGGUGAAAGCAGGUUGCAUGUGAAGAUGUUCCAUGCAAACUGAAACAUAGCGAUAAAAACAGUUUCUGAGGACUCAAUCUCUUCAUUGAGCAUCCUAGAGUAGCAACAAAUUCCAGCAAUGUUUCUCCAGGGGCUGCUAAUAUUGGAGUCCAUGUGACUCAUUUACAUUUGAAAUAAGUGGUAGAUGCUGAAGAUAGGUCACCAAGUUGGGCAUUCAGUGGACAUACUACAUUAAUGUUGGCAGACAAUAUAUAGUAAUGAAAAGUUUUCUCACCAUGUAUCUUCUUUCAAGGUUGAGGCACACAACUCAUCUCUUUCAAACAACUUCUGCUUAUAAAAGGUGGCAGUGAAGAGGCUGGAAACUAAAGAUGGCUGUUGAGAUUGUGCUGAAGUGGCAGCUGGCUAGAUGAUUUUAGCACUGAGUUUGGAAGGUGGUGGGGUACGGUGGUGGCAGAAGAUUGCCUUUCUCUGGAUUAGGAGCAUUUACAGCUGUUGGAAGUCUCCCAGGAUCUGGAAGCUUUUAUCUGUCUGGGUUUCACAUAUACACAGCAUUUAAUUGCUAUGAAGAGACCUGUCAAUGUGGUGAAUAAUUAAGGAAUUAUAUGAAUUGUUGACUAGUUCGUAGGCUGGUUCAUUAGGUCAAUGAUUUUUCUCUGUUGUGUCUGUUUACCAUGUGAUGUUUUUUAGGAUGGUCAUUUGUUGAAUCAGACUCCAUGGGGCAGCCUGUUUGCUGUGAGUCUGCCUCUGGUAGAUGGUAAAACGCUCAUUUCUAGUUUGCUGUCAGUGGCAGAUGUUAGUAUUGUAGACAUGCAAUUGGAUUUGUUUAAAAUGUGGUUGAGAUUCUGGUUCAUUUAAAGGUCUCUCUUUUUAAACAUCACAGUAACCCUUCUGAUUCUGUGCUUCAUUGCAGAACUACCCAUGAGUUCUUGUUUGGUGCCCUUGCUGAACUUGUAGAUAAUGCCAGGGAUGCAGAUGCCACAAGAAUAGACAUUUAUACUGAGCGACGGGAAGACCUACGAGGUGGAUUCAUGCUGUGUUUUUUGGAUGAUGGAACAGGAAUGGAUUCAAAUGAAGCUGCCAGUGUUAUUCAAUUUGGUAAAUCAGCCAAGCGAUCGCCUGAGUCAACUCAAAUCGGGCAGUAUGGGAAUGGCUUGAAAUCGGGUUCCAUGCGGAUUGGGAAGGAUUUUAUCCUGUUCACAAAGAAAGACAACACCAUGACUUGCCUCCUCUUGUCACGGACAUUCCAUGAGGAAGAAGGCAUUGAUGAGGUCAUCGUUCCCCUGCCUACCUGGAAUGCACGAAGCCAGGAGCCUAUGACUGACAACAUGGAGAAGUUUGCUAUUGAGACAGAGUUAAUUUACAAGUAUUCCCCAUUCAAAUCGGAACAGGAAGUGACGGAGCAGUUUAAUAAGAUCCGUGGGGAGAAAGGCACCCUGGUGAUCAUCUUUAACCUCAAGCUAAUGGAUAAUGGAGAGCCAGAGCUGGAUGUGACUUCUGACCCCCGAGACAUUCAGAUGGCAGAAACAUCCCCAGAGGGAACAAAGCCUGAGCGCCGCUCCUUCCGUGCCUACGCUGCUGUGCUUUAUAUUGAUCCCAGAAUGAGGAUCUUCAUAAAUGGACACAAAGUACAAACCAAACGACUUUCGUGCUGCCUGUACAAGCCGAGGAUGUACAAAUAUACUUCAAACCGUUUCAAGACCCGUGCAGAGCAAGAAGUGAAGAAAGCAGAGCACAUGGCAAGGAUAGCGGAGGAGAAGGCUCGUGAGGCAGAGAGCAAAGCCCGUGCCCUCGAGCUGCGCCUGGGAGGGGAUCUCACGCGGGAGUCCAGGGUGAUGCUACGUCAAGUCCAAAACUCGGCAAUAACCAUGCGCCGGGAGGCUGAUGUCAAGAAAAGGAUCAAGGAUGCAAAGCAGAGGGCACUGAAGGAACCCAAAGAACUAAAUUUUAUUUUCGGUGUGAAUAUUGAGCACCGUGAAUUGGAUGGCAUGUUCAUUUAUAACUGCAGUCGUCUGAUAAAGAUGUAUGAGAAGGUGGGCCCACAGCUGGAGGGUGGCAUGGCUUGUGGUGGAGUGGUAGGUGUGGUGGAUGUGCCCUAUUUGGUUCUGGAGCCAACCCAUAAUAAACAAGAUUUCGCUGAUGCCAAAGAGUAUCGACAUCUGCUGAAGGCCAUGGGAGAGCAUUUGGCUCAGUAUUGGAAGGAUGUUGCUAUAGCCCAGAGAGGUAUCAUCAAGUUCUGGGAUGAAUUUGGUUAUUUGUCAGCAAACUGGAACCAGCCUCCAUCUACUGAACUGCGCUACAAACGCCGGAGAGCCAUGGAGAUCCCUACCACGAUUCAGUGCGAUGUAUGUCUGAAAUGGCGGACUCUCCCAUUCCAGCUUAGCUCAGUGGAGAAGAAUUACCCUGAUAGCUGGGUGUGCUCUAUGAACCCUGAUCCUGAACAAGACAGGUGUGAAGCUGCAGAGCAGAAGCAGAAGGUACCACUGGGAACUCUGAAGAAAGACUUGAAAUCACAGGAGGAAAAGCAGAAACAACUAUCAGAGAAAAUCCGCCAGCAGCAGGAAAAGCUGGAAGCUCUGCAGAAAACCACUCCAAUUCGAUCUCAAGCUGACUUAAAGAAACUGCCUCUGGAAGCAUCCACACGGCCUGCACGGGAGUCACAGACCCGACCUCAGCGCCCACGAUCUCCUCCUUUACCUGAUGUAAUCAAGAACGCUCCCAGCAGACCACCACCACGUAUGCCUCUUCCCAAGUCCACCAGUCAGCUGAAGAAGAGCUCUUCGGCUUGGCCAAAUAUCAGCACUCCCAAACUGGCAAGCAUCCUCUCCAAGGAGGAGGCCAGCACUUCCAGGACGCACCAGCACACUGUGACAGCUGGAAAGUCUAACAGCACUUUAAAAACUCUUGCCAAACCAAGUACAACAAUGAAACCAGCCUCUUCUGCCCUGCAGAACCCCAAAAGCUCACGUGAGACAUCCAAUACAAAAGCUGCCAAGAUUGCAGCACUAAAGAAAUCUGCCACUGUCAAAUCCCCACAGGCCUCCAGCACUCGGAAGAGGACCUUGAACAAUACAGAGGAUGGGUCUGAGGAGGAGGGGGAAUACAAGAAGGAGAAGACAAAACGAGGCAAAUUUGUGGCAGUGAAAGAAGAGAGGAAGGAUUCCAGUGAGGUGGUGGUUGAGCUCACAGACAGUGCUGGGGAAGAAGAGCUAGCAGAACUGAAGAAAGCUCAGAAAGAUAAAGGGCUUCAUGUGGAAGUGCGUGUGAACAAGGAGUGGUUCACAGGUCGUGUGACAGCUGUGGAAAUGGGCAAGCAUGCAGUACGCUGGAAGGUGAAGUUUGAUUAUGUUCCUACAGACACCACACCACGGGAUCGCUGGGUAGAGAAGGGCAGUGAGGAUGUGAGGUUGAUGAAGCCUCCCUCUCCUGAGUACCAGGCUCCAGAUACGCAGCAGGAAGAGGAGGUUGUUGGGGUCGAACCUUCUACCUCAGACUGUGUCAGAAUUGAGCCAGACACCACUGGUCCCAGCAGCAGCCAAGAAACAGUAGACUUACUAGUCCAGAUCCUUCGAAAUUGUUUGCGGUACUUCUUACCUCCGAAUUUUCCUAUCUCCAAGAAGGAGCUGAGUUCCAUGAGCUCAGAAGGGUUGUUGGCAUUUCCGUUGAAAGAAUAUUUCAAACAGUAUGAGGUAGGUCUGCAGAACUUGUGCAAUUCAUAUCAGACACGCGCAGAUGCUCGGGCUAAAGCCUGUGAAGAAAACCUUCGCAACACGGAGAGAAAGCUGAAGGAAACGGAGGAGAAACUGCAGAAGCUGAGGACUAACAUCGUGGCCCUUCUGCAGAAAGUGCAGGAGGACAUUGAUAUUAAUACAGAUGAUGAACUGGAUGCUUAUAUCGAGGACUUGAUCACGAAAGGAGAUUGAGCAGCCCCAGUACAAGUCCUGGAGAAGUGCACAGGAGCUGGUUACUGUGAUGGGAGGUGUGGAUUCCUGCAGUGGAGGACUACGGCAGCUGAUGAGGAGAGAUGGUUUUUAGUACUUACAUUGUCUUGGUGUACAACCUGUUCUCGUGACUACAUGAAAAAGACAUUUGUGCUGUUGGCAGGAAAAUUUUUAACGUUGUAGUUCUUUGAAUCUCUUCCUUUUCUUUAUAAAUAUUUAUUUUUAAAAGACUCUGCCUGAUAUGAUGGGAGGGUUGCUGUGUGUUUUUAGUGAGCUAAAAGUGAGUACCCUUUUUGCAUCUGGGGUAUAUUCAUAUGUUAACCCUGGAAGACCAGAACAUCCUGCCUGGCAGGUUGCCUCGAGGAAGAACCUGGCAGCAACUUAAAAACAAGCCUUGAGUUGUGGAAGAGGAGGUCAGGACUUAGGCUUCAAAGAUACUGAGCUUGGGCUAGAGAAAGGCAAGUCAGGAAUUUGAGCUACAUGGAGGAGAUCGAAACACAGUCCCUGUGUGAGGGUGAGUGGAGGGGAUGAAAUCUUGGUGGUUUGAGGGGGUUGGGUGUACAGGAGUGAGGUUCCCAAGUUGUCACCAUGCUAAGGUUCAGAGGCUGAGGAUCCUUUUAGAAGAGGAUGGCCUCCUAGGCGGCUCACAGUGGGUUGUGAUCACCAGAGGGAGAAAGUUGGAGUUCAGAUUCUUUUCUAGCAGUCACCUUAUUGCACACGUUUGCUGCUGUUUCUUUGAGACGUAAUUGCAAUGGCAGAAGAACUCCUCGACCAGCUGAAAAUAAAGUGACCCUCUGUUCUGUUGUCACUCCCUCAGGUUUGCGUUGCUUUGAUCAACUUGCUCUUCCAGGUAAUUUUUUUUAGAAUGCUGGAAUUUGGAGCCUUGCAUCACUGAGUCACAUCUGACCCUGGGUCAGCAGCAAGGACAAUACCUGUCUUUCAUCCAGCUGGAGGCUGCACUACAGCUCCUGGCAGACCAUUUGUGGCCAAGGUGACUCGGUUUGAGUUUGAUGGCUAGCCACCUUCUCAGGUCUGCUAGGACAAGAUGUCCAUGAACUUGGUGCUCAGAAAACUGAAAUCCUCUACAGCCUGGUGAUUCAAAGAAAUACAGCAUGACCAAGAGGUGCCCACCUUCAGGAACAUCAAAUUAAAUGGACCAUUGGUCUUCUUUUGACAGCUAAACGUGUAAUACAUGUUUUGCAAAAAAAAUUUCCAAAUUAAAGAUCUGUUGCGCAGAAAA